AUGAGUUCGGAAAAAGACAAGCAGCGGAGAAAGUUCAAUAGUUACCAGCGACAUUAGUCAACUAUAAUUGCAACUUCCACGGCAGAAGAUAUGUUGCUUUGCAUUUAGGAAGAGGCAACUAACUUGCCUUUUCCUUCUUCUGGGAUUCCUUCACAGCAAGAUCAAUGGCUCAACAAUCAAAUCUUCCUACUUUUGGAAACUGGGAAAAUGAAGAGGAUGUUCAUUACACAGCCUACUUUGAAAAGGUGAGGAAGAAAAAAACUGGCAUGAAAAUUGAUCUAAGUGAUGCUCAACAAAAUCUCGGUACCUACUCCAGUAAUAAAUCCCCGGUCCGAGACCCUCACUCUCAAACAAAGGCCAAAACCAGAGCAGAGGGUGUGCCAAAUGCAGUAAUGACAAAGACUGAGCAUUGUGCAAAUCGAGAAGAUGAUUUGAACAGACCAACUGAAUCCACAUUGUAUCAUCCUGUGAUUGCUAGGCCACAUAGUCAAGGGCAAGGUGAUUUAAGCUUUACAAAGUAUGAUGCUGAACAGAAAGCAUCAAAUGGCUUCUCAAACGCAACAAAGCACAAAAACUAUAAAAAUGGUAACUUAAGGAUGAUUGCUGAUUCUCUUUUGUGCAAUAAUGUUGCAGGUCGAAGAGUCACUUCUUCCCCUCUUCACAGUCAUGGUGGUGCAAAAGUUGGAGGUGAAGGAAGUGGAAUGUCUUCUCCUUCAUGGGAAAGAAAGGGUUCAUCAGAAAAUAAUACCCAUGGAUUAGCUCCUUUAACUCCCACACGAUCCCGACUGAGAGCAGUUAAUCGAGGCAAUGAAUCUGUAAGUUCUUCAAUUUCUCGUUUACUAAAUUUUUUUAUCAUGUAUAGUUACACUAAUGUGGUCAUUUUUUGCUCAGAAGGGAAAGGUUGUAUAGCCAAGCCAAUGCCAAGCUGCCCAUGAUAAUUGUUUUAAUUUUAAUUUUUCUUGUUUGCUCUUAUCAUUGUUAGCAGAAAGAAAGAAAAAAAGGAGGGAAGGCGGAAGAGAACUCUUGGGUGCAUUUCUAAUAUACCUGAAACAUGAAUAUUUGCCGAUUCUUUUCUGAGCUGUGCAGAUAAUGUUGCCUUUCUCAAAUACUUGAGCAGGGAGCUCCAUUGAAACAACCUCUGUAAAAUAGUAUUUUGAGAAUCUUGCCUCUUAUUCUUAUGCCACCUUUGCGGAUCAUGGAGUAAUUGGAUCUGACAGAAAGAUCUCGAGAGAAUGAUUGGUCUCCUGCAUUUGAACUACCAUUAGCAAGUUUUGGUUGCAUAAGGAUCAUCCAUUUUGUGCAUAUAUUGUGUUAAUUUUAAUUUUUUUUUUGGCUCAGGCAUAAUUUAGGGUGUUAAUUUCGGAAUCUUGCAGCCUGAUCAGAGUGCUUCCAUUCCAAAAUUUGGUGAUUGGAAUGAAGCAGACCCUGCAUCAUCUGAUGGGUACAGUCAAAUUUUCGGCAAAUACCUAGAAGAGAGGCAAAGUGGUGUGAGAAAUGCAGCAGUUCCAA